AUAAUGAUGACAGUUUAACAUCAUUAAAUGCCACUACAGAAAUGUCAGUAGGUAGUAUUUCAAAAAAUCAAUCUAAACUUUCAACAAGUGUUAUUUCAAACAAUGACAGUUUACCAUUGUUUGUUAUGGGAUCAUCAGAAAGUAAUAAAUCUCCAAAAACUCAAUCAACAAGUCCCACUUUAAAUAUUGAAAAUGUAAUAACUUUGAAUACCAAUACUGAAUCAUUAAGACAAAAUGAAUUAUCAAUUAAGAGAUCAACUUCUAAACAUUCUUCAUCGAUUAUUAGUGGGAAAACAUUAAUACUUGGAGAUGUUAUUAAUAAUGUUAGUAGUAUGUCUACUCGUUCGUCAAAACAAAAAAGCAAUAUUCCAGAUAAUGUGGAACCUUUAACUUCAAUUAUUAUUGAUGGAUUAUCCAAUAGUGAUAGCUCAGUGAUUAAAAAUACUACUACAAGACCUUUGAAACAAAAAGUAUUGUCAAUAAAUCAAUCAAAUUCUUUACCAAAUAUUUCUAUAAAAACAUCCACCAAUGGAUUAAUACUAGAUGAUGGUGCAAAUGAUGUAAAUACAAUGUAUGCUUCAUCUUCCAAACUAAAAAACAAAUCUUACGAUAAUGAACAAAUGAUGCAAGAUAUUACUGAUGGCCUAUUGGUAAAAUCUAGACCAUCUACAACUAGAGUACUGAGGUCUUCUCUGCGUACUAAUAAAAAUAAAUCAAUAAAGUCAGGUAAUAAUGAAAAUAUUUUAUCUGUUAGUAUUACUAGAACUUCAAAAAAAAUAUCUAAUUUUGAUAAUAAUUCUGACGAUUCAUUAUUUUGGACCACAUUACCUGACGAAUCCACAAACAUAUCAAGUACCCAGAAUGUAAAUAUGAAUACAUUCCAAACGCCUACAAGAAAUAAAUUAUCUAUAGCAGAAAAUAUAAUUAAUACAAUUAAAAUCAUGUCUACAAAUAAUAAAAAAUCUACUCAUCCAGGGGUUUUUGAACUUGAUGAUCAUAAUGAUGGACCAUUAUCAAAAUCAUUUGUGACACGUUCAUAUAAUCGCAGUCCUUCAAUUUUAACUUUAGUUUUUGGUGGACAAAAACCCUCUGAGUCAACGUCAUCACUAACACGAUCUCCCUCUGAAAUUAUAUUUGAUCAAUCACAAGUUGAAGAAAAUGUGAAACAAAAGUUUAAAUCUCUGUAUACGAAAGAAUCAUGGAUUACCAAACGCCUUUAUAAAUUCUUAAUUAUUAAACUCCAACCAAAUUAUAAUAUAUAUUCAGUGAAGUAUGCAGAAAAGUUUGUCAAAUAUUUAGCACGGUUAUUUAAACAAAUUUACAACGAUCAAGCAAAUUUACAGUUGUGUACAGAUAUGUUGAGAUACCACAUGGCGAGAUAUCACAUCAUCAAAGAUACAUUUGAUUACGUAGGGUUUUUGACUGAUUACAUACCAAUGCCAUAUUAUAAAAAAUUAGUUCCUGGGUGGAAUCUUGAAACAUCAGUGGUCAAAUUUGAUCCACAAAAAUAUUAUAUACCUCUCAUGGAUGAUGAAGAAUUCUUAAAUUAUAUUAUGGAACACCUUAAAGAAGCUUAGUUAGUAUUUUUUUUUUUUAUGU